GGGAGAGGCUGGGACAGAGGACGGCUGGAGGGGAUACUGGAGAGCCAAUCUGCGUGAGAAAUAAGAAGGCAGCUCUCAGCAUUCCUGUAACACCCGGGUGACAAAGGCAGGAGGACAAACGAGGAAAUCACCCUUGGAAGAUGGUGGCCGUGAAGAUCUUCGGUCUCCUGCUGGCGUCCCUGCUACUGGCAGUGGUGCUAGGAGAGAAGGCGGAGGGUCACUCCAGGAACCAGCCAUGUGGUCCAUCCCUUGCAUCCUGUAGAUGGGAGGCACGGCCGUCAGACAGAGGCCACGCUAAGGUCAGUGGCUCCCGACCUCGAGGCCCCAGGUAUGCUGAGGGGACCUUCAUCAGUGACUACAGUAUCGCCAUGGACAAGGUCCGCCAACAAGACUUUGUGAACUGGCUGCUGGCGCAGAAGGGGAAGAAGAACAACUGGAAACACAACAUCACCCAGAGGGAGGCCGCUGGGGCCCUGGAGCUGGCCCAUCAAUCUAACAGGAAGGAGGAGGCGAGGGAGCAGCAGGGCUCUCUACCCAGGAAGGCCAGUGAUGAAGAUUUGCUCAAGGAUUUACUGAUUCGAGAGCUGCUGGCCUGGAUGGUGGAUCAGAUGGAAGUCAGCAGGCUCAGAUUUCAGUGACUCAGACCAAACCCAGCUGGGGCCUGGACUCUGCCCUUCGCUCACUCAGGACUCAGCUCCAUUCCAGGGUACCUAAGAGAAGCCAAACCAAUCAAGUUUAAGCUGAAAUAAAUCCUUGUGCCCAUUGUCAAAACUUGCUCAAAUGUCUAUUUGAGCACUGUUAAUGUACGUGUGUCUGUGUGUUUGCAUGCCACCCAAUGAAAACGAGAUA